UCCUCCUCCGGUUGUCCCGUCCUCCGUCUGAGCUUGGUUCGCCACAGGCCUUCAGCCUCGUCUGUUGUCUCUCAUUUUGCUUCUCUGCUUGUACGUUGUAUCAUUGUGUUCAGUGGCGGCAAUCGAAGGAUUUGUGAUUUGGAUGGUGCAAAAGUUACAUUCAGAUAUCCGCUUAUUACCAUUUCUGCUUGAGCUGAUAUUUCUGGCACUGGCAAUUGGGGAUGGUGGUUUGGUUGAGCUUUUUCUGACUGAGCCUGUAAAGUUGUUACUGCAGAGAUCGUCCUGAACUUUUGUUAGAUCCAAGACGCAGCUGAUGCUAUGAUGGGUGGGACACAACCAGAGCGAGAAGAAAAGGUAUCCUUGGAGCUGAGUGAAGAAAUUCUUCAAAGUAUGGAAGUAGGAAUGGCCUUUAAAGACUAUAAUGGUCGAAUCAGUUCAAUGGAUUUUCACCGGGCAUCAAACCAUUUAGUGACUGCUAGUGAUGAUGAAUCCAUUCGCCUUUAUGAUAUCACUGGUGGAACAUGUUUGAAGACAAUUAAUAGCAAGAAAUAUGGGGUUGAUCUGGUUUGCUUUACAUCUCAUCCUACAACAGUCAUCUACUCUUCAAAAAAUGGGUGGGAUGAAUCUUUGCGGCUUCUAUCAUUGCAUGAUAACAAGUACUUGCGAUAUUUCAAAGGUCACCAUGACAGGGUUGUCUCCCUUAGCUUGUGCUCUCGUAAGGAUUGCUUUAUUUCUGGUUCUCUUGACCGAACUGUUUUGCUGUGGGAUCAAAGGGCUGAAAAGUGCCAGGGCUUCUUACUCACUUUGAAAACAACACAGGGACUUUUGCGAGUGCAAGGAAGGCCUGCUAUAUCAUAUGAUGAUCAAGGGCUGGUAUUUGCAAUUGCAUUUGGAGGGUUUAUAAGAAUGUUUGAUGCCCGCAAGUAUGAAAAGGGACCCUUUGAGAUAUUUUCUGUUGGGGCAGAUAUUUCUGAUGCCAAUGUUGUGAAGUUUAGUAAUGAUGGAAGACUUAUGCUCUUAACUACCACAAAUGGACAUAUUCACGUACUUGAUUCAUUCCGUGGAUCACUUUUAUCCACAUAUAAUGUCACCCCAGUUUCAUGUGAUUCCACAUUAGAAGCUUCCUUCAGUCCUGAGGGAAUGUUUGUAAUAUCAGGUUCAGGGGACGGAAGUGUCUAUGGAUGGAAUGUUCGAAGUGGGAAAGAAGUUGCAAGUUGGAUGAGUGCAACUUCUGACAUUGGACCUCCCGUUAUAAAAUGGGCACCUGGAAGUCUUAUGUUUGCAACUGGAUCAUCUGAACUGUCAUUUUGGAUCCCAGAUCUGUCUAAGUUGGGUGCUUAUGUAGGGAGAAAGUAGAAUCUAUCCUCGAUGCUAUGACAGGCAAAAGUUUCUAUAUUAUGCUUUUUGGUCUUUGGCACAUGAAAAUGAUCUGCAGCAGGGAAACUGUUUAAUAAAGACCUGCGGCUUUUCUUGUAAAUUUUUUAUGGCAAAGCCAAUGGCUGUGGAUCGGAGUCACUAUUUUGAGCUGGACAUAUUGUAAGGAGACCUCUGAAUAUGUGAUUAUGGGAAUUUUUGUCCACA